AUGGUCGCAGGCAAUCGCUUCCCCACGGUCGAGGAGACCUUAAGCCACCCCGCCUACCCUGGUGUGACUUGGAAUCUCGAGCCUCACCAAAAGGGGCUUCUUCCCUGUGCCAAUGAUCGAGGAGGGCCCGUCAACAUCUACUGGGAGAUCCACGGCAAUGGACCAAGAAAGCUAAUUCUCAUCAUGGGCCUCGCCGGCCUCUCCUCCUCCUGGCAACGCCAAACAAAACACUUCGGCCACGACCGCGGCGACACCUACUCCGUCCUCUUAAUCGACAACCGCGGCGUCGGCCAGUCUUCCGCCCCCAUCCAGCGCUACUCCACCUCCCACAUGGCCCGCGACGCCCUCGAAGUCAUCGACCACGUCGGCUGGUCCGCGCCCCGCUCCCUGCACCUCGUCGGCAUCUCCCUCGGCGGCAUGAUCUCCCAGGAGCUCGCCUGCCUGAUCCCCGACCGCCUCGCCUCCCUCACCCUCCUCUGCACCACCGCGGGCAUGGACACCUCCAGCUCGCCCCUCGCCACCCUGCGCGACCGCAUCGGCAUGUUCAUCCCCAAAUCCGUCGGCCGCGCCGUCGAGGACACCGCCCUCAAGCUCUUCACCGACGAAUGGCUCCAUGCCCCGGACGAGGCCGCCGAGUUGCCCGUUCCCGGCGUCACCCCGCGCUGCGGACCACCAGUCGUUCCCGAGGGCGAUGCAGGUGCAGGUGCAGGUGCAGCAGGACCAGGACAAGGACAAGGACAAGCACAAGGACAAGGAGGGGGAGAAUACCUCCGCUUCGACUCCAACUUUCAGCGCUUCCAGGCCCAGGAGCUCAACAAGCGCCUCGACGCGAGGAGGUACACCCGCACCGGGUUCCUCAUGCAGCUCGCCGCCGCCGCCUGGCAUCACAAGUCCCCCGAGCAGCUGAAGGAACUGGGGGACAAGGUCGGGAGGCACCGCAUCGCCGUCGUGCACGGGGACGCCGACGUCAUGAUCGACGUACAGCAUGGCCGGAAACUCAUCGAGUCGCUGCAGCCGGGCGUCGGGCUCGUCGUCGAGGGCAUGGGCCACGCGCCGGUCAUGCAGAACGUUGCGUGGCUUCACGAGUUCCUGGAGGAGAGGGUCACGGCGUGUGAGGAGGCGCCGAAGAAUCCUGUGACCUAA